GCCCGGAACGUUAGCUGGAGAUCGGCACCAGCACCUCCCGACCGCACUAGGGACAAGAGUGUAAGAAAAUGGAUGGAUGGAUGGAUGGAUAUAUAUGUAUAUGUUAGUUUCUUCUGUUUAGUUUCGACGUCACCCAUAUAUUUAGUCACAAAUUUAUGUCCGAGAAAUUUGCUUUGAUGUGAGGUUCUGACCAGUAGGGGCGCUGUGUUUUGAUUCCAUGUAAAUACUGGGGGGCGCGUCUGUCGAGGAAAGCGGGUUUCCAUUUCAAACCUAAAUAGUCCGGAGGACGGGCUAACGUUUAUCCUCGGUAGAACAUAUUUCGCGCUAAGCAGUAGAAAUUUAUGUAGCGCAGAAAUUGUUCUCUUAUUUUUUGGCUGCGGGUUGUUUUCGUUGCUCUCAAUCCAAAGAAGAAGAACGAAGAAAAAAUUGCCCCCUGCGUCUUAGCUCCAAUUUUUCCGCGCCUGGUUUGUUUAUUUGGUUGUCAGAUCGACAGUCUGCUUUGAUUUUUGUCGCAGAAGGUGUUCACAAUAAAUUUUAAGCCACACUAGCAUUUCCUUUUAUUCAAACACAUCUCUGAUAUUCAACCAGAACCAUGCCGAGAUCCAACAGGCAAAAGGAAUACAAGCCUGGAGACCUGGUGUUUGCUAAAAUGAAGGGGUAUCCACACUGGCCUGCGAGGAUUGAUGAACUACCCGAAGGAGCUGUGAAGUCGCCCUCAAACAAGUACCAGGUGUUCUUCUUUGGGACACAUGAGACGGCUUUUCUGGGGGCCAAGGAUCUUUUCCCUUAUGAGGAAUGCAAGGAGAAAUUUGGAAAGACCAACAAGAGGAAAGGCUUUGCUGAGGGACUCUGGGAAAUUGAGAACAACCCCACUGUCACUCACGAAGGCUACGAGACGGCAAAGAAUGAGAACUCAUCGGAAGGUACUGGAGACAUAGGGGGCUCAGAGAAAGCCAACACCGAGGGCAACAGUGACGAAGAGGAGGGGACUCUGGUCAUCGACGAGAAGAACGAGAGGGGAGGGACUAAACGAAAAGCAGAGGAGUCCACAGAGGAAUCUCCCAAGCGGCCAAAGAUUACAGAGGAAGAAGGCGAAAAGCCCAAUACAGAGGCCAAGCUUAAUGAUGUGGAAGGAACCAAGGCAACAGCGCCUUCCUCACAGAGCGAGUUGAAACCAGAAGGCAAGGAGAAAGCUCCAGCAGAGGCCCAGCUAACAGCAGAAAAGCCAGUAAGAGACAGCGCUUAACGUCGACUCAGAAGAAAACCAACAACCUUCAAUGCUUCUCUCUGGAAUUCAGGCUUCGAAAUAAACACCUGUAGAAGGCCA